UGUUUAUUGCAGAACUUAAGUUGAGCCGAUUGAAAUGGAUGUGUCAAGAACCAAUCGGCAGUCGGCUCAGAAUUCGUUGGAUGCGUCCGUAGUACUUCCUUCUGGCCGUGAUCAGGCUGAAGUCUCUGAAACAAAUGAAACUUCACAAAGAAACUGCGUGAAGCGCGAAGUUACCUACGGAAUGCAUCCGGAGGAUGAGAACUUGGAGUCCCGGAUGAUGGCUAUGUGCAUCCGCGGUAAUGAGACGGAGGAUACAGAUCACGUUCAAGUUCAGUCAGACGUUCCGGGAAGGGCAACGAAUGUUUCAGUUAUGCAGAACGGUCUCGGUUCUGUAGAAAACGAUUCGCGCAGAUCUUACGGCUAUUGUGGGCAGCUCCCGGAUCUCAAGCAAGGUGAAAAAGAACGCGCACGAAUGCGUCCAAGGGGAAAUGAUGGAAGACAAAACCAGUAUUCGAUAGCAUAUGGAAACCAAUGGCAGCAAACGCGUCAGCCGCAUCUGGAGAUUCCUGUAUCUCUUGGGCAGCACUCCAUGCAUCCAGCGAUGAAUCACCACAUGCUUCAGCAAAAUCCUCCUCUUCAUCAUCAACGUGGUCCCGUGUUACCGAAUUCGCAACCUGGUGCAAAUGUUGGUCAACCGCCGCCCCAAAAGUUCAUGCCGCAAGGUCCGAUGAACGAAAUGCUCAUGGACCCGUCGAUGGCUCAGUAUGCCAGGGAUGGAUACCUUCUGCCGCAUCAAAUGGAUCUUCCGUCGCAUGAUCUUCGUCAUAUGUACGCGGGUGGGAAUCCGACUGAUCAGCAAAACCUGACAAUGCAGCAGCUGUUUGCCCAGCAAGCCUUGGCGGCUGUCCAACAGUCUUUGGUGAGCCCCCAGGACCCGUAUCAACUGCAACCGAUGCUGGACCCGAACAUGAUGUCGGUUGCCGGGAGCUUUUUUCAGCUUCAACAAGCGCAGGCAGCUGCUGCUGCUGCUGGCUGGGGAAUGUAUCCUCAGGGCGUAAUGCAGGGUGCGAGUCAAAGCCCGGCUUUGAAUGGAUCGAAUGGCUCGUCUUCCGCUGCCACUCCUGAUCUCAGCUCGAGGAGGUCAAUGUCCCCGGCGAAUGUUCCUGGUUACAUGCUUCCAUCAGCGUAUUAUGAUCAGCAAGCGGGGCUGAAUCGUGGCCCGAGUGGAUUGCUGAUGCAGAGUUUGGCCGGCCGUCCGAUGGGACCUGAUCGAGGAAUGCUACCUGGGCUAUAUCCCAGAGUCCCCGGGCAACGGAAUGACGGUCAGUACGCGGGUGCCAACAACCAACCGAAUGCACAGUUCUCUCAACAACCCGCGGGUUCUGGUACGAUGCCCUAUCCCUUGACUGCGGGCAAUGCGUUCAACGGCUUCAACAAUUAUCCCGCUGCUGGAAUGUCGUCUUCUUGGGACAGUGGAAUGUUUUCGUCUUUGCCUGGAGGUGAACUGAAUUAUCGGAGGGCAGAUUCAGGAAAGGCCAUGCCUUUGAGGAGCAAGUUACUUGAUGAUUUCAGGAACAACCGAUUUACGAACAUGUCGUUGAACGAUAUGGAGGCGCACUUGGUGGAGUUUUCGCGGGACCAACACGGUUCUCGGUAUAUUCAGCAACGACUGGAAGUUGCCACACAUGUCGAAACGCAGCUGGUGCUCACUGAGAUUCUCCCACACGCCUACGAUCUGAUGGUGGACGUAUUCGGCAACUACGUGAUCCAAAAGUUCUUCGAGUACGGUUCCGUGGAGCAGAAGUCCAUGCUUGUCCAAACGAUCCGAGGGAAGGUGGUUUGCCUGGCAAUGCAGAUGUACGGCUGUCGCGUGAUCCAGAAAGUGAUUGAAACCGUGCCGAAAGAAGUGCAGCUGGAGCUGGUUCGUGAGCUGGAUGGUCACGUCUUGCCCUGUGUAGAAGACCAGAAUGGGAAUCACGUGGUGCAGAAAUGCCUGGAAUUUGUGGACCCUUCUGCCCUGCAGUUUAUCGUGGAUGCCUUUGCGGGCCAGGUUUAUUCGAUGAGUGCACACCCGUACGGAUGUCGGGUCAUUCAGCGGAUUUUGGAGCAUUGUUUGCCAGAGCAAACGUCGCCCUUGUUGCAAGAAUUGUUGGCGCAUGCCGAAGCGUUGUUACAGGAUCAAUACGGCAACUACGUGAUACAGGACGUGUUCUCGUGUCCGCUACACGUGAUGGUGAAGGACCAGUACGCCAAUUACGUGGUGCAAAAAAUGAUUGAGAAGGCCGAGGGAGGGCAGAAGGCCAAGUUGCUCAGGAGACUUCAGCCGCAAAUCCCGCUCCUGCGCAAAUUCCUCUAUGGCAAGCAUAUUUUGGCCAAGCUGGACAAGCACAUGGGAACCAGUGUUUUCCAGAUGGACAACGGUGGUCCUCUGAAAUCUCCUGGCAAUGGAAUGAUUGGUGGAGGAAAUGGAGGAGGAGGAGGAGCUGGGAUCAAUGGACUGCUGGGACCGAGUCCGGUCCACACUUCAAGAACAGUGUUCAGUACGAAGAAGACAAUCAAUAACAAUGACGUGGGGACGAUGGCAGCGAAUGGGAACGAUUUCCAUAUUCUUUUAUUUUAA